GCUUAGUUUCCUCUGUGCUUAUGAUUGGAUAGCAGCUACGCAAAUAUAUCUUGCUUAACUUUAUUGGAAACAAACAAAUACGAACAGUGAGUGGGUAAAAGAAGGUUGCCAGGAGGAAGGAUUUGUUGUAGUUCUGUUUGGAAUGGUGUUAGUUAUACGGCUGCAGUAGGAUAGGGGAUUGGUUCCCGGGCUUAAAGCCGCGAAAUUUGUUGAUCGCAGAAGGGAAAGCGUACAGAGGAAUGUAUUAUAGUUCCAUCACAGUCAUGGGUCGGGUUGUUAUUACCAUGCUAUCCAUAGAUGUAUGCUCUUGAGUGGCGAGAUUGUUAUUAAGAUCUGUUGGGAAAUAGAGACUUCAAGCCUAUAUUCACUCAGUAGUAGCAGUGUUAGAGGCCUAAAAUGGAAAAGAAAUCAUUAGUUCAACCAUCAAUGUUUUCAGCUGACAAGCAGCCAGGUCUAGGUGGGCUGAUUCCCCCUUCCCAUUUUGAAAACCGUCGUCGUGUGUCUGUUCCUCCACCUUCUGUGUCGGUUACAUCUCAUCCUCCAAUCUGUGAACCAUGGACAGACCUUGCAAGGGAGUUGGUAAGCCUAAGGCAAGCAAAUGAGGAACUGAGAAAGAAACAAGAGAUGGAGAAAGAAGUUAUCCAAUCAAGGUCCUUGCACCGUCAGCCUUCAGAGGGAACCCCUUCAGAAUCACGAGCUUUAGAAAUAAUUGCACACCAGAUACAGGAGAUUCGCAGAUUAGAGAUCGCAUUAGCUGAUGCACAUGAGAAGGAAGAGCAGUUACUAAAGCUGGAACAGGAGGUCAAGGAAAUGGAUCAAAGGCAGAAAGAAAAUGUAGAAGCAGAACAGAGGAGGCAUGUAGCAAAAGAAGCUGCUGCAAGGCAGCGUGAAGCAGAGUUGGAGACAGCAUUGCAACACCAGAAGAUGGAAGCAGAGAAGCUAAGAAGCAGAGUGCAGGAACUAGAGGUGGAGCUUAAAGAGGACCAGGAACAAAAAGGGCAAGAAGUGGUUUGUUUGAAAAAUAAUCUCCAAACUGCUAUGCAAGAGAGAGAAAUAUUAGCUGACCAGUUUAGUCAGUCUCAGAAAGCUCUAGACUCCCAGAAUUCCUUGGUGCAGCAGCUAAAGACAUACAUUGGUGAGCUGGUUCCUGAUAAUAAAAUGAUGGAGGAGCAGAACAGAGAAAGGAUGGAGCUUUCCAACACUGUACAAGCCCUGGAAAAAGAGCGGAAUGUUUUGCAGACCACAUUGUCUCUGCUUCAAACCCGUCUAUCAUCUCUCACAAAUAUUCUGUCCUUGCAGGAAAAUGAAAUUUGUAAGAAGGGCGUACCCCAGGAUUAUGAGAAAUUUCAACAUCUUCUGUCAAGAUGGCGUGAGAAGGUUUUCUGCCUCAUGGUUCAGCUUAAAUCUGAGGAAAUCAACAAAGAAGAUGACCAUAGAAAAAGCAGAGAAAAAAUCUUAUCCCUGGAAAAAGCUCUGCAAGAAAAAGAUCAGGAGCAGAUUUUACUUUUACACACCCUACAAGAUCGUACAGCUGAGCUGGAAAUGGAGAGGGUCCACAGUAAAUGCCUACUGGAUGAACUGUCUGCAGCAAAAGCUAAAUCUGACCAUCUAGCAAGCAAAGUUGAAAUGACAGACAAGGCUGUGCUAAACCUGAAGCAGUUGGUUGACAGCUUUGUACAAGCUCUGUCAGCACAAGAAAUAACCUUGAAGGGUGCUCUCUCUCGAUUGGUCACACUCGGUCAAAGGGUGUCAUUUGCAUCUAAGAGGGUGGAUACAACGCAAGGUUUAGUAGCACAGAGAUUUGCUCUGCUAAGACUUGCAAAGGAUAAAGGAACCAGACAGCCAUCCACACAUUGUGAAAUCCAACCAUCUUAUGAAGAUCUUGAGGCUGAGGUGAAGCUCUUAAACGAGGAGAGAGAUCGUCUUAGCGCAGAAUUGAAACGCAGUGCACACUUGAUAGAGAGCCGAGUGGCUGAAACUAGAGAAAGAUUGGAAGCUGAAAUAGCAGAAUAUCAGCAGACUGCAUCUUUUUUGCGCCACUCUCUUGAUGAGAAUGAGAAGAGCAGAAGUGAACUUAAAGAACAGUUGGGAGUCACUGAGAGGGAAUUGCAAGAAUCUUGUGAGAACACAGCAGAAUUAAGGGAGCAACUGCUGGGAACAAAAGCAGAGUAUGAAAAAGAAUUGCAGAGGAAAGUGAAUGAAUUAGCAGAUCAUCACGUACAACAGUUGGCACAGAUGGAGAAGCACUUGAAUGAAGCAAGAAGAGAACACACUAAAGCCGUGGUUGCUCUCCGGCAGUCAGAACGUCAAAUGCAGCGUGAGAAAACGAGAAACCAGGAGACAUUGCGUUCAUUGGAGGAUGCUUCUCGAACCCGUGAGGAACAAUUAAGUCAGCAGUUACGGGAAGCAGAGAGGGACAAGAACCUGAUGAUUGCCACACUGAGGCAAGAGGGAUUAUUAAAUACAUAUCAGAAAAAUAGAACAGCUGCUGCCCAGAUUUUGAGGACAGAGGUGGAGAAAGCACAUAACCAGAAUGUGAAACAUGCCUCUUUACCUGGCUCCACUUAUUGCACUACUGAAUCAAUUUCAUCAAUGGUAGCCAAUCUUCAGAGCCUUGGAUCUACUCUACUGGAUGAUGACGAUGACCAAGAAGAAGAAGAUGGAUAAUAUGAUGGACAUUCUCAACCCUCAAUAUAGCACCUGUGCCUGAAUUUAAUAUCACUAAGAUUUAAAUAAGCACACAAUAACUACGGGAUAGUUGCACUCUGAGAGCACUGCUCAUGCACUGCAUAAAGAAUAGAUAGACCAUUACUACCCAUUCUCUGCUCGGUAGCAAUUGCACAGAAAUCCCCAUGUGUGAUAGGCCUAACACUGUUCUACCUGAAUGGCUGUAUUUUUAAACAAUAGAAACAAGUCCAAGUCCCAGUUGGGUAGCAGAAAGGUCUACCUCUCCCCAAAAUGUUGUGCUGUAUAAUAUAUAUACAUUUUGAUAAAUAACUCCCUGAUGCAGCUUUGUUUCUGUAUUUAUGCCAGCAGAUAAACACACUAAUAUAUAUCAGCACUAUUACUUCAAAGAAAAUGUUCUCAAGUAUUACAUGGAAUAAACAUUUUGAUAAUGCAAAUUGUA